UUCGGUUACUUUUGUUUACCGUGUCAGUUGACAAUCAUUCAACUGUCAACAAGGAAAACAAAAACAAUCACAAAUGCAGAGCAUGACUUGCAUGAUAUUUUCAUCUGUGUAAGAAAACCAAUCAUUAGAACUUGCACGAAGCAGAAGAUGAUAUAUUGCAUAAAAUAAAUUUUGAAAUAACUUCAUGUGGUGUUAGAUAUUAUAUAUUUUGAACAAGAUAAUUUGGGCACAAUUAAUAAUCGUCAAUGAUCGUAUGGAGUCGUGAGCCAAGCUCGUCUGCGCAUGCGCAAACAAAAUACACAAAUUGUCAUGAAGCAGUCCCCUCUCUAUUUUGCCAAUUCAUGGUCAGUCAUGGUCAGUGGUGCACGUGUUAUCAAAUAGGCUGUGCGUUCAUAGCAUCCGAAUCCAAACAAACUCACAACAAUACAAGGCGGCGGCGACGUGCUAUGAACGCACUUCGUCGGAUGUCAUUUUCAUUUCGUUCUCCAACCUGCUUGCUUGCUUUCCGUCCCACAGAAUUUUAAAAACCGCUCCCCCUGCACAACCGCAAAAUGGACAAAAAACCCUGCCCUCACGUAAGAAGUUAUCUCAGGAAUCAUCUACGCACCUACAGUCGCCUUCAUGAAUUGUUCGUUGUCAGUUCCGAACCCGAAAUGAAAAUUAUAAAGAAGAGAGAGGCGUUUUGCCAUUUAUGCAAACAACCCGGGCCGCGUUUACAUAUCUGCAUGGAAUGCGUCUACAUCGGAUGCUCUGAACAUCUCACAAGACACACGACCCGAGUUUCGCACAACUUCGCAAUGGAGCUCAGCUACGGUCAAAUGUUUUGCGUCCGAUGUGAGGACUAUGUUUAUGAUAUGCGCUUGGACCAAGCUGCGCUCAGCAACGCGCUGAGAUCAAAGAACUGCCCGAAAAGAGUGCUCCAUUGGAGCGCUGGUCUCGAGCCGCAACUGGUUGACGGAUCCUUGCCCAAGCGAAUCCGUAUCACACCAAAGUCGACAAGGGGAUUGAGAGGACUGGUAAAUUUCGGUAACACCUGUUUCAUGAACUGUAUCAUACAGAUUCUGGUCCACACUCCCCUGCUCAGGGAGUACUUCUUUAGCGACAGACACAAGUGCCAAUUACCGCCUGGGUCCUGCCUUGUGUGUGAACUGGGCCGCUUAUUCCAGGAGUUUUUCAAAGAGCAAACUGAUCCUUUGGUGUUGAAUAAACUUGUAUACAUGACUUGGAUUCGUGCCAAGGAGCUCGCUGGCGAUGAGCAACAAGACGCUCAUCAUUUCUUCAUCGCGACCCUGGAAGCGUUGCACCAGGAGUGCCGGGAUCCCUCAUUGGCCGACCAGCCACAACACGCCACCAAAUGCAGCUGCAUCAUUGACCAGAUCUUCAGCGGACAAGUCCAGAGCGACGUUGUCUGCAAGUGUUGCAAGGGCGUGUCUACGAAAGUCGAUCCCCUUUGGGAUAUCUCUCUUGAGCUGGGCCAGCGCAUGGGUGACCCUUGCCAGUCCUCGCUCAUCGACUGCCUCGAGCGGUUCACUUCCACCGAGCAUUUGGGCGAAGUCAACCUCUUCAUGUGUUCCACUUGCAAGUCGUAUCAGGAAUCAACAAAGCAAUUGACCGUCAAAACCCUGCCAAUAGUUCUGUGCUUCCAUUUGCGGCGCAUUAAAGUCAACAAGGAUGGUAAUAAAAAGAUUGAGACCAAGAUAGCCUUCCCGGAGAUGUUAGAUAUGACUCCGUACAUGACCCCGGAUUCCAUCCGCAAGCCGAGCGCCGAAACGUCGCCGGACGACAACCGCUACUCGCUGUUUGCGGUGGUGACGCACUUCGGUGGGCCAUGCACCGGGCAUUACAUUGCGUACGUGCGACAUCAGCUCGAUUUCUGGUAUAAAUGCGAUGACCAUCGCAUUGUUGCAUCAUCAUUGGAGCAGGUGCUUGGGGCGGAAGGCUAUCUUCUGUUUUAUCACAAGCAUAUGCUUGGUUACGAGUAAGCGCGCAGUCGCUGGACGCGAAUGACAGCAACUUCCAAACUUGUGUUCACUGGUGGUGACCAUUCUCAUUUUUGUUAGUGUCAAGUGAUACACUUCCAUAAUUUAUCUCAUUUUUUUAUCAUUUCAGAAGUUCUUUUGAGUUAUUUGUUUGUAAUUUUUGUAUAAAGUAGUUAUAAUUUGCGUAUGUGAUAAGUAAUUUAAUCUGCUCAAAUAAAUACCAAUUUGAUGCCUUUCGUAACUUA